AAUUAUAUCAACCCAUCAACCACAGCUAUACAAUCGUCCUUCAUCACGACCAUUCACCGCCAAUCACCGCUGGCGCGGAACUCUUUUUCAUCCACGACACUUCCGUGCACGUGUUCAUUCACUCCCGUUUGCGGACGGCACGUGAUUGACGCCCGCGCGUUGCUGCCUGCGACUGGUGUCACCGCACGUGAGCCCCCGCCACUUGUUUAUACCUUUACUUUCCUCCUUUCCCCCUCCUUAAGAUCUUCAUCCUCCUUCACACACGCCUCACUCCGAGAUGGAGUCCGACAAGCCGCCCACCUUCGUCAACAUGGCGGACCACGACACGAUACUCAUAAAGCCCACUUCAGAAGAACUUCACUCAUGCGGUGGCGACGACCGCAAGGCUAUCAUGGCGUCUUCGGAAGAUCUUCACACAACUGCAUGCUUUGGAGAAUUGAAUAAGUCCAAAGCGACUACGCUCCCAACGGAGAUACUGGACAGGAUCUCGGAAAGCAUCGUGACUUUCGCCGAACCGAUCGAGUUCGCGCCGGCAGACUUCAACAGAACGCAUGUGCUACGCUUCCGCAAUGACAUACUUCCAUCGCUCAAGGCACUCCGGGUGUGCAAAGCCUGGAAUGGUUUCCGUUUCUCGAGCCACCAUGGCUGGGAAGCUUUGUUGCAAUUCCUUCAACUCAUCGGUCCGGACAAUCGAUCUCUGUUGCGCGAUAUCACUAUCUGUCAUCCGGCUAUGGCCAACAAGGGCAGCAUUUCGUGGGACAAUUCGGGGAUUUUCAACUUCCAUCUCGGGCCAUUUGGUCUAACUGAACCGGGCGAUGGCAAGGUAAUUAAGUGGUUGGAUGCAAACGUCAACAAUCUUCCGGCCGGAAUACCAGGAGAGCCAAGCUGGUCUCAUUCAACGUUGCUCACCAAGCUCUCCACCAUCCGACACUAUGGUGACACACCCUAUGAGCUGGAUGUCUUCCAUGCAGCAUUCGGCUAUGUUCGAAGGAUCACAGGGCUGCAGUCGCUCCGUCUCUUGGUCUACGAUGAUGGGCGUCGGCCUGCAAGCGAGCCUUCCCUCGUGUGGAGGGAGACUGAUCAAUUCGCCGAUCAUCCCAUCAACCAAGUCAACUGGAGCAGCCAACCGAAUCUCACGGUCUCCCUCGUCAACCUCAUUCCUCGUGACCACAGGUCCGGAAAGCCUGUGACACUGGAAGCUACGCUCAAAUUCGACCGGGUGGUGGCACAAAGUACCGAUAGUUCGAUGUGGUCUUAUUUCGGCACGACUGAAAAUGCCAAAGCCGUCUUCGACCAAGCACGCGCUCAGGGUUGGGAGGUUGUGGAGAUGAAACACGCAUCAUGCGGGAGCUACCCGGUGAAAGCCUACCAUACAGAGGAGACUUCUGUCCACGAAUCUGCAGAGGGGGUUGGCGAUGCUGUCAUGGAGGAAGGCACCCUGGACGAAGAUCAUCUCCACAGGACUGCCGAGAGGUUUGACAAUGCCACCGGAGACGAAGGAACCGUGAAUGCAGAUCCACUUCGCAAACCUGCAGAGGGGUGUAGCAGCGGUAUCGAGGAGGGAGACAGCACGCAUGAGGAUCCAUUCUGCGGGUGUGCAGAAGGGUUCGGCAGCUUCCUGGAAGACCCCGUCGACGGACAUCCACAUCGCGACGGCAUCUGCCUGUCGUGCACGGAGGUUCGCCGGUACUAUGCGCAUCAGAACCGCAUGCUGUUUGUGGAAUGUGUGCAGGACAUGCAACGAUAUUUCAGUCGAGCGGAAGAUUGGGUCAGAACUUCCUUUCGUGGACUGCUAACAUCAGUGUGCGUUGCAUGCUGGCUGCAAGAUCCAGCCUACACGACAUUGGAUCUUAUUCCCACAUGCACAUGCGAAGACGGAGGAACGUACAUUGCGGAAGAUUGGACCACCGACGUGAAAAUCGUCUGCGGUCUCGGAGAUCCCAUCUUCGUGGACGUGGCUAAGAAGUCUGGCGAGAAUGUGACGUGGGUGGAGCUUAUCAGGUGAAAGGGUCGUAGCAGAUGUGGCAUGGCAGCUCAACGCGGAUGUUACGCAAGGGGCAUUGACGCAAGACACAGGGGAGGUACAGAACAGCAGCACUCCCCAGCAAAGGCAGCUACAAUAAGAAUGGAGGUAGCAACAGCUGGAGUGCUACUGAUGCAUGAAUAGAGAUAGUUUAGG